AUGUCAUCCUUUGUGGCACUCGACCACUUCUCCAACACCACCCUCACCGCCAUCCCAACCGAAGACAAACCAACCUACAACAGUCUCAAAAUCAUCCAUCAAGAACUCAAUGCCAAUGCUAUGGCCAUUCCCUCCACGCUCGGAGGAGGACAUUAUGGACACCUAGGCUUGGUACUCACGGCAAUCCAAUACAACGAUCUACCCAACACCAUCCCUUGGACAAACCCGGUACACCCUGGACCAGCUCCAGUCCAUGGAGCAGCACCAACAGGACCACAAAUCACUGAAAACAAUCGAGUCUUUGCCGCGGCAGAAACAAAAUUCCUAAUCUUCAAGGCAACCGAACAGGCUCUCAAGAAACAGCUCAUUGAAGCGGUCCCCGACACCUUCAUCAAGACACUCAAGCAUGAAAUGUAUGGGUAUGCACAAGUCACCGUGCUAACCCUACUCACCCACUUAGACCGAACCUAUGGUACUGUGGGCCCAGAUGACCUCCGUGCCAACAUGAAACGAAUGACAGCAGAAUGGAGCCCCAUCCAACCCAUCGAAGACCUCUACAAUCAAGUUAAGGAUGCCCAAAAAUUCGCAGCCGAUCAUGACCCAAUCACGGACAAACAUGCAGUGCGAGCAGCCAUUGACAACUUAACCGACAGUGGGGUAUUCACAGAUGCCCUCCGCGACUGGAGGAAGAAGGAGAUCGAAAACCAGGAAUUUACCGACUUAGAAGCCCACUUCACGGCAGCCGACAAAGAACGACGUCGCAUCCUCACGACAAAGGAAAUGGGAUAUGCCAACAAAACCGUCGAAAAAGGAAACAGCAAGGCCACUCCCCAUACCAAUGUUGGAGGACGCAUUAUGUAUUAUUGCUGGUCCCAUGGUCUCGGAACUAACGACCAACAUACAAGCAUGACAUGCAGCAAAAAGCAAGAAGGCCAUCGUACCGAUGCAACAGCUGACAACAUGCAAGGAGGAUGUUGCGUCAUUCAUAGACGUGCCGGCGAAAAGCCCAUCUAUCGUCGUGCUAAACGCGAUCGCAUGAACCAUGACAACAAUGACGAAAACCAACCUCCAGCAGCACGUACCUGA